UGAAUAUACAGAAUUCCAUAUUUACAUUUUGUGCUCAGAGUUCAACGGAAGAAAAAAAAAAAAAGCUUUAUCACUCACUGAUUCAUUCAAGGACGUAGGAGGAGCUAGUUUGGUUUCGGUUUGGAUUUGGAAUUGGCGGGAAAUGAAAAGAGUCGCCCAGUCGCCUACGUUUUCAGUUAGUGAUUUUUUUAAUAGGGCUCCUUCCGUAGUUUCCGGGCUUACGCGUUUUCGUAGUCAACGAAAAUGAUUCUUGCAUUUUUGCUGUAUAUCUUGACAAUUUUUGGGACAAAUGCAAUUUCUUUAUUUGAUAGUAACUACGACUCCAUGUGGGAUGCUUAUAAAGAGAAAUACAAUAAAGUUUACCCAGAAGUCGAGGAAAACGCUAGAAGAUUGAUUUGGGAAAGUAAUGUCCAACUAAUUUCCAGGCACAAUUUAGAAGCUGAACUUGGUCCAGACACUCAUACGUAUCAAUUAAGACUCAACAAGUUUUCAGACAUGACUGUGUCGGAAUUGAACAAGUACAGGAAAUGUCUCCGAAGCAACGCAAGUCUACUCAACUGGAAUGAUGAUAUAGAAACUUUUAAGAAUCCAUGUGGAAAGAGCUGUCGUUACACUUUACCAUCAUCUGUAGAUUGGAGAGAUAAAGGAUUUGUUACUUCUAUAAAAGAUCAGGGUGACUGCGGAUCUUGCUGGGCCUUUUCAUCGACUGGUGCUCUGGAAGGACAAACAAAAGCCAAAACUGGGUCCCUGGUAUCACUUAGUGAGCAGAAUCUUGUCGACUGUUCGGAAAAACAAGGCAACCAAGGUUGUGAUGGAGGAUGGAUGGAGUACGCAUUUCAGUACGUCAUCGAUAAUGAAGGCAUUGAUACAGAAAAAGCGUAUCCCUAUAAAGCGAGGAAGAAGCAUUGUAAAUUCGUGAGAUCUGGAGUUGGAUCCAACUGCACUAAAUACAUGAAAAUAAAACAGGGAAACGAGAUCGACCUGCAAGCUGCUGUUGCAAAUGUCGGGCCAAUCGCAAUUGCAAUUGAUGCUAGUGGUGACAAAUUUAUGUCUUACAGCAAAGGAAUUUAUUUUGACAAAACGUGUACUUCAACUGAGUUGGAUCAUGCGGUUUUGGUUGUAGGAUAUGGAUCUGAAAAUGGAAAGGAUUAUUGGAUUGUUAAAAACAG